AAGGCUAGAUCUCAUCUCUGCUGGUUAUUGAUGUUUUAUUUAUUUAUAGUAAGCACAUCCACGUCAGGGGGAUUUCUCCCUCAAGUGGCAUAAGGAAAACCCUUCCUCUACUCGGAUUAUGUUGCUGAGCCCAGUCCUUAAUGCAGGAGAUACCUUCCCUCCAUGCCAUUCUUCAGUAACCUGUAGCUAUGAGGCUGGAUAUUAAAACUUAAUAUGUGGAUUAUUUCAUUUCCCUUUGUCCUGUUUUUUAUUUCUGAAGUUUAUCUGCAGAUCCUACAAUAACGGGAGAAAAGCUCUGUGGUCUCCUUCUUUGAUUUGUUGUAAUUCUGAUGCGCUGGAGGCCACAUCCCGCACACCGGGUGGGCUGGACAGGAAUGAGUGUAAGUCAGCACUGAGGCAUGGCAAAUAGCCCGUGGCCUCUGGGGUGGCUUUUAUGAGCACAAAUCCACCUGAAAUGGUUACAGGAGAACGGCAGGUCCUGGGGGAAACCAGGUGAGUCAGGAGCUCCUGGGGGAAGCCAUGGGCAGCUGGAUGGUGCGGGGCAGGGAGCUGGGAGUGAGGCCCCAGGGUGCUCUGCAAGCUGGGCACCAACGUGCUGGGCAGGUCCCUGCACCCAGGGCUUGUAACUGCUUGUAACUGCUGUCCUGACAGAGAGUCCAGAGAGCUGGCACAAAUCCCCUCCUGGACAGAGCCUCAGGAGUGCCUUGGAGGGUGCUCUGAAACAGCCCAGGUACGUCCCACCCCAACACUGCUGCCAUAAAAAUGAGCCCAAGCCAGGGCCACUCUCUUGAGCCUGGUUUUGGUGACCCUUCUGCCCCUGCGCCCAAAGAAGGAGCCCACUGCCAGGAGCACCAGCCCCAGGCCUGGUGGCAAAACACUCUGUGCCUCUGCCACUGGUGUGCAGCUCCCAUGAGCUGAGCAGGAUUUCACUGUGGCAGCAGCUGUGCCCAAAGCAGAGAACUUUGCCCAAGGUUGGGAGUGUCUUGGAAAACCUCCUGCACUCAGUGUGGGCACAGUUUCCUUGGCCACCCUGAAUCAGCCAGCCUGGAUGCCAGCACCCUCCCAGACAGAGGACUGGUUUUAAUUGGAGUUACCCAAGCUGGCACUGUGACAGUCCAAGGGAGCCUCAUCCAGGAGGUAUCUGAAAUCAAGAUGGUUUGCAAAAAUUUAAAUGACAUGGAGGACUGGCAGCUUUCCCUCAUCUGGGAGUUUGCUGGCGCUUAAAACUGCAUCUGCUAAAAAGUAAAAGCCAGGCAGAAGGGGUUUAGCUGAAGUGGGUCCAGUACAAUUUUUCCUAGGUGUAAACUUUGACUCUUCACCUUUGAAGAGUCUUGGCUGCAGCUUCUUCAGUUUUGCAGCUCUUCAAGUCUUGCUGCAGAAUGCUGUGGGAUGCCUCUGAACAGAGGUAAGGAGAGGUGCAAGGAACUCAUGUUUCUGGGACACAAGAAAAAGAUGGUUUGUAUAGAGCAGGUGCCUUUUUGUUUUUUUCAAAAAUAAUUGUUGUCUGGUUUCUGCUGCUAUAGAAAUUGAAUUUCAAGUGGAUUCUUUUCCAUCCUCUCGUGUCCUGCACUCUGCACUGCUGUGCCUGCCUUGUGUCUGCAAGGAAAAGGAGCCCCACGUGGAGGCAAAGAGUGUUAGUUACUGCAGCCUGUGUCUGAAAAAGGCAGGUACAUCCUCCCAGAGCAGGGAAACUGAUUUUAAUCCAAGCAGUGCAGGAAGUAAUUAUUCUUGGCAAAUGUAAAUCAAUAUCAGCACAGUGCAGCUCUGCCCACAGCUUUCAAAUGGCAGCACACAACGAAACAGGGGCAACUUUCUUUCCACAAUCUCUGUCCUGUCCUGCAUUGCCUGCAAGAGCAAAGCUGCAAUGCUCCAGAGAAAAAAAGUGGUGUUCUGAAGCACGUGUGCCAAUCUCUUCAACUUAAGUGGUUUUGCCAAAGCUGAACCUGCCAGCCACAGCUCCCCCAUCUCACCAAGGUACAAAAGCAAAGGGAAGCGGAGAAGAAGAGCUCUGUAGCACUUGCUGUGCUGGUUGGCCUGCGUGUGGCAGGGGCAGAAGGUGGGGAAAUAACUGUGUGAGGAGACCACUGAAAUGUUGUGCUUGUGUUGCUGGCAAGCCUUGCUGACAGACUCUGCCUACCCUGGGAGAGGCUCUUCACUUGCCUGAAUUCCAGGCUCAAACAUUUGGGUGGGAAAAAACAGGUUCAUUCCUGGAGGAACUGAGAUGAUCCAGCUUGAAUUGCAUGUCAGCUUUACUUUUUUUUUUUUCCUUAUUGCUGCUGAAGUGCUUGCACACCACAGGAGAAAUCUUUAGUCUGUUGUCAUUAUUUAAAUUCUAACCUCUUAUCUCCUGUUCUUAUCCUCUGGUCACAGAAGCAUGCUCGGGUUACUCCCGUGCUUUCCAGGUGUCCUCUAGCCAUACCGACCUGUCCACAAAAAUCAGGCAGAUUGGAAUCCUGGAUAAGCUUUGGUCCAGUACAGAAAAUUAAUUCCAGCUGUCCUGGCCUUAUGGAAGGGUUUUGAUUCAGGAGAGCCAAGUGAGUGCCCACAGGUGUGGAGGAGGUGUUUCAGUGCCUGUGUGCCUGCAGCGCUUUCAGCACAGGGGGGUGGGUGAUCAUUUUGGAGCAAGGGCCGAGAGAUGCAUGUUCUGGACACAGUGUGAGAGCUCUGGGACAAGCACUUCCACAAUGUCAGCGACUGCCAGCCACGCCAGACUCAGGGAAAGGAGCUACUCCGUGUUUCUGCGGAGCUGGGUGCUGCUCCCCCGUGCUGAGCUGCCCUGGGGGACAAGCCAGCCCCGUUCCCAGGGGUGGCUGCAGGCAGAUACCCGGGAAUCCCGACAACAGGCAGGGAAAUUCCUGUGCCCUCUGCUUUCCCGUGGCUGGGGGAGGACGUGCCGGCAGCCACCGCGAAGGCUCCGGGAGUGCUGGGAUGUGGCUCCCCCGGGAAUGCAGCACAUGGCCCUGGGGCGAUGGCCCACAGCCACAGCCCUUCUGUCAGCGCCUUGGCUCUGCUUUGCUGCAGGGACAGCGAGAUAACCUUGCAGAUUUUAUAACCUGAAUCUCGUUCCUACUUCUCCUUUGCUCCUGGCAACGUACCAAUUAUUAAUUAACAGGCAAAUGCUAGAGAAAAGGCCAGUGUACAUAGCUCGUUCCCGCUGAUGUGAACGCAGCAGUCCCCAGGUCAGCUUUUAUUACAGUGAACUCAAAUACUGUGAAUAAACAGCCUGGGGGAAAAAAAAUUAAAAAAGAAAAAAAGAAAAAAAGAAAAAAAGGUUUAAAACCCCACAAUGAUUUUGAUACAAAAUGAGAGUUGAAUCUUUUUAAAAAGAUUCUAUUUUCUGGCUGUUGUGCAUGCUACCCUACCUAUGGAAAAACUCGGGCAAUGAGAAUUUGUGUCACCAAGUGAUGUGACACCGAUGCCCUGAGCACACAGCUUCCCAGAACCCAGCUCCCAGGAAAUGUUUGGUGCUCUGCAGCUCCCUGACAAGGGCUGUACACUGCAUCUCAUUGUUUGCAUCAUGAUGCUGAGUGAAGGUGGUGCUUUUGAAUACGCAGGCAAAAAUGUUAUUCCAGAUUCAGAUCAAAUUAAAGCUGCUGCAGUCAAAAUUAUUUGCUCACUUUCUCAGGAGAGGGAACAAAAAAGUGCAAUGAUUUACUGCUGUGUCUGUCACAAAACUUGGCUUUACAGACCUGAAACAUGAAAACCCUGCUUCUUCUUCCAUGGAAGCAAACUGCACAACAACUUUAACCACAACAACUUUAACCUUUUCCAGGCCUCCCUUGGUUUCACCCCGGCACAAGCAGCCGUCCAGGAGAGGUUCUACAUCUGUGCUGAGAUGUGGUCCCUGCUGUCCUGCCCCAUCCAGGACCUGGUAAUUGACAGCACCAGAUAUGAGAAAUGAGUGUUGGACGCAGAAGAUUAAAGCUGCUGGGAAUUCUGAUGAUGGUAAACAUUUUUAUUUAUGUGAUUGUGGAAGUCUCAAAGAGCGGCAGCCAAGACAAGAAUGCGAAAGGCCGUGUUGUUAUACCACGUAGCAAAUUCUGGAGGAAAUACACUCCUCAGAAAGCUUAUUGGAACAAACAGCAACAGAAGCUUGAGCUGCUGUACAACCCAAUUCUGUCCUUGCUGUCCAAUAUGACUGUGGAGGAGAACUUAGUUUCUAAUCUCAGUGCUCUCAGUUCUUGUGACCCUGACCCCUUGGUGCACUCAGAGGUUAGUGACUUUGCAAACCUGCCAGACAGAUUCAAAGACUUCCUCCUCUAUUUGAGGUGUAGAAAUUACUCAUUGCUAAUAGAUCAGCCAAACAAGUGUGAACAGAAACCUUUCCUGCUGCUGGCUAUUAAGUCACUUAUACCCCAUUUUGAUAGAAGACAAGCAAUUAGGGAAUCCUGGGGCAAGGAAAUAGAAUCAGGGGAUGUGAUAGUCAGAAGGGUCUUCUUGCUCGGGCAGACCCCACCAGAGGAUAAUUUUCCUGACCUUUCACACAUGAUUAAAUUUGAGAGUGACACCCACCGAGACAUUCUCCUCUGGAACUACAGAGACACUUUCUUCAAUCUGACUCUGAAAGAGGUGCUGUUUCUGAAGUGGGUCAGCAGCAGCUGCGCAAACGUCCAGUUUAUUUUUAAGGGUGAUGAUGAUGUUUUUGUGAAUACCAAUCAGAUCCUGGAUUACUUGAAGAGUUUAUCAAAGGAAAAAGCCAAAGACUUAUUUAUAGGUGACGUGAUCAAAGAUGCUGGACCUCACAGAGAGAAAAAAUUGAAGUACUACAUCCCAGAAAGCGUUUAUGAAGGUUCGUAUCCCCCGUACGCAGGAGGCGGCGGGUUCCUGUACUCUGGUGAUCUGGCACUAAGACUGAAUAAUGCAUCUGACCAGGUACUCCUCUACCCUAUUGAUGAUGUUUAUACUGGAAUGUGCCUUCAGAAGCUUGGGCUGGCUCCAGAAAAACACAAAGGCUUCAAAACAUUUGAUAUCGAAGAGAAAUACAGAAAUAACAUCUGUUCCUACACAAACUUAAUGUUAGUGCACAGCAGAAAACCUCAAGAAAUGAUUAAGAUUUGGACACGCUUGCAAGAUCCACACUUAAAUUGUUAA